AUGUUGCCGUUUUUAUUAUUUGUAUCAAGCGUCGCUGCAUUUGCACUUGUAUGGUUUCUAUUAAAAUUAAAUCGUGAUUAUGCUAUAACCUCAUUUGUAAGAAAAAUUAAAACAAUCGAUGGAUCACCCGUGGAAGAGACGUUCUCCAUAGUUGGUGGAUUUUGGGGUAGUAAUUUUGAUUUUCUGUCAAUAACAUUGGAACAAUUGUUUUAUUAUUCUCGCAACUAUGCCAAAGCAUUUAAACGUAGCUAUAUCAUCUACUUCCUAUUGAAUCCUGUUCUCAAUGUCAUCGAUGCCAAAGAUGCUGAAUUGGUUUUGAAUGAUCCUCACAUCCUGACAAAGGGUUAUUUUUAUACAUUCCUACAUCCAUUUUUAAAAACGGGUCUUUUAACGAGUACAGACAAAAAGUGGCACAAUCGAAGACGUUUACUUACUCCCGCCUUUCACUUUAAUAUUCUGGAACAAUUUAUGUAUACCUUCAAAUCGGAAUCCUUGAAAUUCAUUAAAACUUUAAAUGGUUUAGUGGAAAAUAAAAAUUCCAAUGGGAUCAUAUCGUUAAAUGAAUUAAUUCCACGCAUAACUCUCAACAAUGUUUGUGAAACGGCAUUGGGUGUUUGCCUGGAUGAUCGUUUGGAUGGCGAUGAAUAUCGCCAGCUGAUUAGCGAGGUGGACAAAAGUCUAUUGGAGCGUAUCAAAAAUCCUCUCAUGAUUAUCGAUAGGAUUUAUUACAAUUCAGCUGAGGGCCGGAAAUAUUUGAAAUCGAUAAAAACGUUGCAUGCCUUCUCUAGUGGAAUCAUUGAAAAGAGACGUGAGCUAUAUAGCAGGGAUGUGGUUCAGGAGGAAGAUAUACAAGCAAAUGAUCAUGAUGAGAAUAACAUUUAUCGUAAACGCCGUUACGCCAUGUUGGACACGUUGCUGCGAGCCGAAAAAGAUGGCCUCAUCGAUCACGCUGGCAUUUGCGAAGAGGUCGAUACAUUUAUGUUUGAAGGAUUCGAUACAACAUCAAUGGCUCUAAUAUUUGUUCUUAUGGCCUUGGCCUUGCAUCCGGAUAUGCAACAAAAAUGCUAUGAUGAAAUAAACGAACACAUAGCUGGAGAUCAUGCCACCUUGGAUAUGCAACAAUUAAAUAAUUUAAAAUAUUUAGAUUGUUUUAUAAAAGAAACACAACGUAUGUAUCCGUCAGUGCCAAUUAUUGGACGUGAAUGUACCGAGGAUACAGUGUUUGGUGGCAAGAUGCUAUUUCCCAAAGGUACACAAAUCCACAUGCACAUCAUCGAUAUACACAUGAAUCCCAAAUACUAUGUGGAUCCGGAGAAAUUUGAUCCGGAACGUUUUACGCCAUCACAGGCGGAAAAACGUCAUCCAUUUGCCUUUAUACCGUUUAGUGCGGGACAAAGGAAUUGCAUUGGUCAAAAGUUCGCCCUGCUGGAAAUCAAAACACUUUUGGUUUACGUUCUUAAGAAUUUCAUAUUGGAAGCGAUAACCCGUCCCGAAGAUUUUCGUUUUCAAUGUGGACUUUUGAUACGCACCACCACAGAUAUAAAAAUUAAGAUAAAGAAACGGGAAUAA